CAAAUCUGUUUUGAAACGGAAUCCCUCCGACUGACGCCGGCGUACCGGAGAACUCUCAAGCUGUGCGCUGCUCCGUAACCAGAAAGUUGAUAACCAGUCUUGCUAAUCAAACGUGAUAGUUGCUUUGCACGACUGGAAAAUGUCAAGUGGCCCUGGGCUCGAGUCGCUUGUAGAUCAGACAAUUUCUGUUAUUACAAAUGAUGGACGCAACAUAGUGGGAGUCUUGAAAGGGUUUGACCAGGCCACAAACAUCAUCCUUGAUGAAUCUCAUGAACGUGUAUACUCCACUAAGGAAGGUGUCCAGCAACUUGUGUUGGGUUUGUACAUAAUAAGGGGGGAUAAUAUAAGCAUUGUUGGUGAACUUGAUGAAGAGCUUGAUUCUGCUCUUGACCUGUCAAACCUGAGAGCACAUCCUCUGAAGCCUGUCAUCCAUUAAUUCAACUAUUGCUGAGUAAGCGUUGUGCCAUAUUGGUUUGUAUUCAAGUAUGUGGGCACAGGACAUGCAAGUUGUUUUAAUGUGCCAUUCCUGGUGAUUGUGUUUCUUGGGUCUGGGAACUAUUGAAAUUGGUUAAUGUUAAUCGGCAAAUUUUGUUUCACAAGCAAACCUUUUAUGUUCAAUGGCAUUCUCAAGUACAUAGGGUGCUUGUAAGUUUAGACUUAGUGCGCAUAGUGCUUUGUUGUGCCACAAAUAUGUUAUAUGUUGAUUUGGGGAAUAUAUGCAAUUAUGGAUGUAGAUUACCAGACAUGUUUGAUGCUCAU